CCACGGCCAUGCUGUUCUUUGCCCUGGCCUCAGGGGGUAGCCUAGAGUGAUCGGGGCCACUGCCACUCUUUGCACAGCACUCCUACCCCCAGCCACUCCUGUUUAUGCCAUCAGAUUAGUAAUGGAAUUAAUGUGUACUAAUGGGGGGAGUGGGAGAAGUGCUGUGAGGCUGGUUCUGAACUUCAGGUUAAAAAUUCCAGCAGUUUUCCAGCAGCAGCUUCUACACAAAUUUAGUCUGGAUUCUGUGCUUUUUAAAACUUUGUUUCCUUUUCCUCUUCCUUUUCCUUUUCUUUUCCUUUUCCUUUCCCACAGACUGCAGGGAUGCAGUAACUAACCGACUCACGGCCUCUCUCGCAGCCGUACGGGAGUAGCUCUCCUCCUCUGCUGGGGAUUCUUCCCUCUAAGGCCUUUGAGAUUUCUGGGGUUUGUAUUCUAAAACUAGAUCGCGUGUUAUUUUCGACCUCAUUAAAAAUGUUUCCUUUAGAAACCCAGCAAAACCCCAAACAGAAUCCAAAUAUAAAUCAAUGCAAAUGCAAUUACUGUAACCGACCCUCCUCUGAGCCUGAGGGCCUGAACAAAUUCAUUGAUUCCCCGCUGUAAUUUAUCUGGGAAGCAAGAACACCCAGCCUCCCUUCCGAGCACCGGCCCUGCAUCGAAUUGCUCGGCGGAGGAGCAGGGCUGGGGCUGCCCCAUGGGCAUUGUGAGCUGUGCCCAUUUGUGACGCGGGGUCUGGAGUGUUUCGUGGUGCUGCCAGAAGAUCGCUGCCCCCCAGCAGCACCCGUCCUGCACGCGAUGUCGCACGCGGUGGUGGCGGGGACCCCCGCCGUGAUCUUUGACAACGGCUCUGGGCAGUGCAAGGCUGGGCUGUCGGGGGAGCUGGCACCCCGCUCGGUGAUCUCCACUGUUGUGGGGUACCCCAAGUUCAGGCUUGUCAUGUUUGGGGCCGGUCACAAGGAGUGGUACGUCGGAGAAGAAGCCCAGUCCAAACGGGGCAUUUUGUCUUUGAAUUACCCGAUGGACAACGGGCUGGUUACAUCCUGGGACAACAUGGAGAAGAUCUGGAGAUACCUGUACGAGCAGGAACUCAGGCUGAAACCUAGUGAGAGGCCAGCGCUGCUGACCGAGACCCCUCUCAAUCCCUUGUCCCACCGGGAAAAAAUGGCCGAGCUGAUGUUCGAAAGCUUCCACGUGCCGGCCCUCUUCGUCACGCUGCAGGCGCUCGCGGUCCUGUACGCCGGGGCCCGCACGACCGGGCUGGUGCUGGACAGCGGGGACGGCGUCACCGUCACGGUCCCUGUCUACAAAGGCAAGUACCUGCUGCAGGGCAUAACCAGGGUGGAUUUUGCCGGCAGAGAUGUAACCAAGUACCUCGCCAGGCUCCUCCUGGAGACCGGGCACUCCUUCAUGAGCGCGACAGAGAGAGAGAUUGUCAGGGAUAUAAAGGAGAAGCUGUGCUACGUUGCUCUAGAUCCUAGACAAAAAAUGCAGGACAAGCCUGAAAAUCUCUCACGUGAGUACAUUCUCCCUGACGGAAGGUCUGUCACGGUGGGAGACCAGCUCUUCCGAGCUCCUGAAGCACUUUUUGCACCCAGAGAGGUAGAAGCCCAAGGGCCGGGGGUUGUGGGGAUGGUCCUGCGGAGCCUCGCCAGAUGUAGCAGCCGUAUCCAGCUGGACAUCCUAAGGAACGUGGUGCUCUCGGGCGGAUCGACUCUGUUCCAGGGCUUCAAGGAGAGGCUUCUGAAGGAUCUGCAGGCGGCCAUCCCCAGCAUAGCCCCCGUCAAGAUCUUCUCCCCAGAAAAUCGGAUGUACUCGGUGUGGACCGGCGCGUCGCUGCUCGCCAGCCUGACAGCGUUUAGGAAUAUGUGGAUUACCAGGGAGGACUAUUACGAAGUCGGGCCAACACUACUCCAGAGAAAAUGCUUUUGAAAAGUAAAAGUAUGACCAUACAGGAAUUUUUUUAAGUGCCAAUCUGAACAGCUGGAGAGCAGUUAAUAAAUCAGUACAAAAAUAAUUGAUUUGUAGUAAGUGAUUUUAUAGCUUAGUAAAGAAAGAUCCCUUGUGCAUUGGGCUGAAGAAAGAGUCCUUGUUCUGAGCAUUUUUGCUAUCCAAGAUGUUGGUUUUAAUUCUAGAAAUGUGUUGAUCCCUGCUAGAACUGCAAACAGUUUGUCAGACUUUUAAACACUUGAGAACAAGCCACCUCCAGCCCAUGCCCGGGGGGGCUGGCUCCCUGCCACACACCGUAAACUUCCAAAGAGUGGAAAGAGACCUCUGAUGGAGAAAUAGAGGGCUCGUGGGUA